GUUAGACUUUUAAAGAAUUUAGACGUUUUUGUGUUUUAGCACAGAAAGUGAGCUCAUUGAAGAUAUUUAAUCAUGAAAUCAUUUCUUGUUUUGGCAACAGCCUUAGUGUUGUUCUGUAGCUGCCAAGGCCAAUAUAAAAAUACCGGCAUUAAGACACGCUACCCAGCACCCAGUUCGGGCAAUUUGAUCUUGGGCAAUGCCACCGAACAUAAUGAAACCAAUCAUUAUGUCUAUAGACAACAGCAGUUUGACGUUCCUCAGCCACAACAUGACAGCUACGAUCGUUAUAAUGGCAAUUUUAAACCAGCUGAAUAUUAUCAUGGUGGUGCAGUGCCCACCGCGGUCAGACCCCCGAUAAUCUUAGAUGCCACUGCAGAAUUUAUUAACAAAACCAGAUCGUCCAUGGCUUCGGGUAUUUGUUUUAAAGAAGUGCCUACCGCCUCCUUAAUUCACGGCUCUGGCGUAGUUCCCGUUGGUAAUGGCACCAAAGCUGAAAUGAGUCAAAUACAAGUUUGCUGUGAAGGCUACGAACGCAAUCCCCAUGUCUUCAAACGUUGUGAUCCCAUCUGUGCCGACGAUUGUCCCAAUGGUAUUUGCACUGCACCCAAUACCUGUGUCUGCAUGCCAGGUCAUGUGCGCAAUGAUGAGGGUAAAUGCAUUACUACUUGCCCCAUCGGCUGCGGUAAUGGUGUGUGUGGUGAUAACAACGAAUGCAGAUGUAAACCUGGUUAUGCCUUGGAACCGGUGCAACAAAAAUAUUGUGUUCCCCUCUGUGAGCCCGGCUGUCAGUUUGGUAAAUGUGUGGCUCCCAAUAAGUGUGCCUGUCAAGAGGGUUAUCGUCUAACUGCUACCGGAGUAUGUGAGCCUCACUGUGAUAACUGUGAAAAUGGCAAAUGUACCUCCCCCGGCUACUGUAGCUGUAAUACGGGAUAUAUUAAAGUAGGUGCCGUAUGUGAGCCAGUGUGUGCUCGAGGCUGCGAUAAAGGCCAAUGCAUUGCCCCUGACACUUGCUCAUGCGGCCAAGGUUUUGAAUUGGAUCAUUCAGGUACUAGGUGUGUACCCCACUGUGAGGUGCCCUGUUUGAAUGGUGUUUGCGGUGGCAACAAUCAAUGCGUUUGCAAUUCUGGUUAUAUAGCCGAUGAACUACAACCCAAUAUGUGUAAACCUCAUUGCCCUCUAGGCUGCCCCAAUGGUUAUUGUACCUCACCGGGUUUCUGUAUUUGUAAACCCGGUUUUAAAAAGGCUGGUGUUAAGGGACGUCAGUCAUGCACACCCGUUUAAGUUGUUAAUUGUAUGAAAUUGUAUGAUUAGUUUGUUUUACUAGAUUUUGUAAAUUGUUGAAAAUUAGUAUACAAAAUAUAUGUUUUAAUACAGUGCUGUGCUGUUAAACCAUUUGUAAUCCAAAA